GGUGACUACAUACCUUAAUACGCGUAUGUAUACUUGAAAGUACUCAAGCAUUGCAGAUGUUUAGAUGGCUUCAAAAUAUAGUAUGGGGUGUUGAAGAAGUAGAAGAAUGUGAUGAUGAAAUCGAGCUUGGACGCCUGACACGCCAUGAGCUAUCUAAGCUGGAUCAAGAUCUUCAAGCCAAUAUGAAGGAGAUCUCUAAUUGUCAAUCCGAGCUUGCUUGCACGCGCACCAAGAUUGGGCGCCUCCUGGAGGAAACUGAAGCCAUUAUCAUGGAAAGCUACGAUUUACCAACACAAUAUAGUGAUGGUUCAGAAAAGCCCACAGAGAAAGUUGAUGAGUGCAAUGCAGUAGCAUUCAGUCUUGAAUGUUCACCGAAUAAUGAAACUUUAGAAAAGAAACGUUUUGAAAUUCGCCAAGAGUCGAGUAUCUUUAUAGAAACACUCAUGGAAGUUAUGAACGGCUUGCUGAAUCGCGUCUACAUGCUGGAAGUGCAAGUGCGUUGUCAAAGAGUGGAACGCGACUUAUUGCUCAACCACAUUCUAAGAAAUACCGCAGAGUUUGACCCCCUACCACCUGACGAGCAACCGCCGUCAUCCGUCCAAAUUGCUACGACGGAAACACAAAAUGUCUCUGUGUAAUGGAAAAUAAAAGUUCAAUAAAAAGGAGCCUCAAUGUUUGAAACCGAAAGAAUUUAUUAACAUAUUUGAAUGAUUUCCCUUCUUUCUUUUUGCGGAUCAUUUUUCUUGACUUCUAUUUGAUACAUAGCGAAGAUACCCCGGGUCUAUGCUUAGUGCUUUAUGCUACUAAUAAUUUCAUGA